GACCUUUUAUCGUAACUUUAACAUUCUUGGCUUGUAAAGAUGGUGAAUUUUGGAAAAAUAAAGAUAUUGGUAAAACGUAUGAUUUUUUUAAACCCGGUGUUACAAGAUUUGAUAAUACAGAUAAUGAUAUACAAAGUAGAAUAAAUGAUAAAUGGGAAGUUAUAAACUCUGUAGAUAGACCAAUCGAUAUCAAUGCAAAGACCAAAGAAGUUCAGAAUUUCUGUGUAUGUGAACCGUACGAGUACACUUUUAAAAUACCAAUGUACACGGCUCAUGAUGGGUCACAAGAACCUAGAAAAGAUCCCGGAAUGCCGUUUUGCUUACCUGGAAAACCCACAUCAGAUGGAAUCCUUUCUUUUGGUUGCAAUAAACAAAAAGGUGGAUUCAGUCCGAAUAUCGCUUGGAUAGUAAUGGUAACUGUGGAUCCUUCAGCCUUGCAAGAAAAAAUUGAUAAUACACUCUUGGCUAACGCGACUACAAACAAAGAUGAACCUAUCAAUUUAGAAGAUGCGUUAUUUUUUGGAAUAGAGCAAAGUAAACCUGUUUUUUUACCGGGAUUAUUUUUAAUCGUUGAAUAUGGUAUUACUUUAUUUGGAUAUGAUACUAAUAUGGAUAACCUACAAAAUCUCAGAUUAACUAGUGGUGCUGUAUUACAACAAAUUAUCGAUGCUAUAAAAGCAAAUAACCCUGUUCCUUCUCAACCUAAUGAAUCUGUUCCAACACCCACACCAACCGAAAUAAUAAUUUAA